AUGGCGGCGGCGGUGGCGGCGGCGGGGCCGGUGGACUGCCACUGCCACCUCGCCGCGCCCUGCUUCCAGACGGACGUGGCGGCCGUGGUGCGGGCGGCGGAGCAGGCGGCGGUGUCGGCGCUGGUGGUGGUGUCGGAGCAGGCCGGCGAGUUCCGGAGCGUCGUGGCGCUGUCGGAGAGAUUCCCAGGGUUUGUUUUGCCAUGCCUGGGAGUUCACCCGGUUCAAGAGAUUUCGCCAGAGGAACAGCGCAGUGUUACUUUGAAGGAUCUGGAUGCUGCGUUGCCGCUUAUAGAACUCUACAAAGAUAAAUUGGUGGGGAUUGGAGAAGUUGGACUAGAUUUCACUCCCAGAUUUGCCAGCACGGAUGAACAGAAGGAAGGACAAAGACAGGUUUUGAUCAAGCAGAUUGAGUUAGCAAGAAGACUGGAUUUGCCUUUAAAUGUUCAUUCCCGCUCAGCUGGAAGACCAACCAUUAAUCUCUUAAAGGAACAAGGUGCUACAAAGGUGUUACUCCAUGCAUUUGAUGGAAAGCCAUCUGUAGCGAUGGAAGGGGUGAAAGCUGGAUACUUCUUCUCCAUUCCUCCUUCCAUUAUAAGGAGUGAACAGGAAAUCUGCUCAAAUUGGCUAAGUUACAGACCUUUGAAGAAUUGUGAUUAUCACAAGAAGCAGAAGCUUGUGAAGCUGUUGCCUCUGGAACAUAUGUGCUUGGAAACUGACUCUCCUGCGCUGGGGCCUGAAAAACAGGUGAGAAAUGAACCAAAAAAUAUUUACAUUGCUGCAGAAUAUAUUGCCAAAAUUAAAGGAAUUCCAGUUGAAGAAGUUAUAGAAGUGACUACACAGAAUGCACUGAAAGUAUUCCCCAAACUUCAGAACUUUCUUCGGAUAUAGAUUCAGAAACUGAAAUAUAUGAUAUUGCAGAAACUAUUAUUUAUGGUGUAACUAAUAAAACCAACGUGCGUCUUGUCUUAAAGUGGAGUUUUGCUGUUGGAAAGUUCAAGAAGUGAACAGAGUGUUAUAUAGAUGCAUAGGAUGAAUAUAGGGAAUUUCUCAAAGACCUUUAGUAUGCACCAUUGUCAUCUCUUGGAUGUGAUAAAGACAGGUUGUUCAUUUGCA